AUGUCGACAGUAGAACUCAAUUAUAUAAACCAACAUUUCUCUCUUUUAGUAGAAGAAAUCGUACGAUACCGACAAAUCGAUUUGGAGAAGAAAAUCAAAGAGAAGAAGCUAUAUCUUAUCCUCGAUCUCGACCACACUCUUCUUCACACAAUCGACAUCAAAAAUUUCGACAACGACGAGAUGGGAGAAAUCUUUACAACAAAAAGUUUACAAGAAAACCUAUUCUUUCUCGAAGACCUUAACAUGGUGACGAAAAUUCGACCUUUUGUGUUCGAUUUUUUAAAAGAGGCCAACAAUUUAUUUCAACUAUGGAUUUACACAAUGGGUUCAAGAAAUUACGCUAAAAGAAUAGCGAAACUGAUUGAUCCAGACGAAACACUCUUCGGGUGUAGAAUAAUUUCGCGAGAAGAUUGUACGAUUCCAGGAAAGAAAGGACUUGACGUCGUACUUGCAGACGAGAAGGCGAUUUUGAUUGUAGACGACACUCUUUCGGUGUGGAGUAAUCAUGGUAGAAAUUUAAUUAAUGUUGAUGGUUUUAAUUUCUUUGGUGCGGGUAAGUAUAUGAAGGAACGAGAAUCCGAUGAUGAUGAAUUGACAAAUGCACUUUAUUUACUUAAGAAGACUCACGCCAUGUUUUUCGAUCCUGAGAUUGACAUAACGGAAAUAGUUGAUAGAGAUGUUAGAGAUUAUUUGAAGCUCGCUCUAGAAGAAGAAGAAUGA